UUUCUUCCCGGCUGUUUUUUUUCUUCCCGUCCAUUCGGAGCCGCUCCGCUGCGCCGCGCUGCGCUGCGCUCUUCCCUUGCGCCGCGAGGCUAUGCGCGUACGGACGGAGGCGCGUCCCCGGUGCACAGGAGCGCGUUCCUUCGAGCGGGACACCACUGCACUCAGCGCCAUCGUGCCCACCUGUCCUGGCUUCUAAUCGAAUGAUACAUACAGACCCAGGACCAGCUGCACGAUGGGCUUGGUUCCCCUGUUUCUCCUGCUGUCAGUGGCACAGCUGGGCUUGGCUUCGGGUGCGAGCAGGCACGAGGAGGCCGACGGAUACACCUGGCCACGCGGUCCGCUGCCCCUACUGAGGGACAAGCGCACAGUGGAGCUGAGUCGGCCAGCAUUCGCCGCAGAGCCGGCGAGGGAGCCCAGCGGUGUGUGCGGGAUCGAGUGCCAGCAAGCAUUGCCCGAGCCCAGCCUGGCUGACCUGGAGAGAUGGCUGUCGUAUGAGACCGUGCGUGCAGACGGUACACGCACAUUCACCGAAGUCUCCCUGCAGAGUCUCGGAAACACCUCCGUGUCGUACUUCUCUUCCUCGCCCCCAGCGGCCACGCACCGACGGCAGAAGCGACAGGUGUACGGCACUGACAGCCGCUUUGUCAUUGCUGACAAGCAGUACACCACCAACUACCCCUUCUCCACCACGGUCAAAGUCUCCACCGGUUGUUCUGGCAUCCUGCUGACCCCCAAACACGUACUGACGGCUGCUCAUUGCAUCCAUGAUGGCCAGGACUACGUGAAGGGUGCAGAGAAGCUUCGUGUGGGGAUCCUGAAGCUGCGAACGCGGCGAGGGAGCGGCAGACGGGGAGGCCGAGGGAAAGGCAGGAGGAGGAAGGAGGGAGAAGACGCCGCCGAGGGCAAAGGGGAGAGGCGCAGAGGGAGGAAGAACCGGAGCCGGCGCAGCACCGCGGAGAAACAGCCCUCGUUCAGGUGGACGCGUGUCAAGCGGAUGCAGAUCCCCAAAGGCUGGUUGAGGAACGUGUCGCAGGAGGUGGCUGUGGACUACGACUAUUCCCUGCUGGAGCUCAAGCGUCCGCAGAAGCAGAAGUUCAUGGAUCUCGGCGUCGUGCCGUCCAUCAAGAGCCUGCCUGCGGGGCGCAUUCAUUUCUCUGGCUUCGACGACGAUCGCCCGAACCAGCUGGUGUACCGAUUCUGCUCCGUGUCGGACGAGUCCAACGACCUGCUGUACCAGCACUGUGACGCCCAACCCGGGUCCAGCGGCUCCGGGGUCUACAUCCGUCUGAAGGAGCCGGGCAAGAAGAAGUGGAGGCGGAAGAUCGUGGGCGUGUUUUCGGGCCACCAGUGGGUGGAUGUGAACGGGGAGCAGCAGGAUUACAACGUGGCCGUGAGGAUCACGCCCCUAAAGUACGCCCAGAUAUGUCACUGGAUACAUGGGGACUCAAGCAUGUGCCAAAACCAGUGAAGAACACUUGGGCCUGAUUGAGUCCUGCUAUUCUGUGCAUUACCUCCUGUGCUUGCUUUUGGAAAUGUCGCUAUCAGUGUUGCUCUCCCACAGCACCUGCUGCACACAAGUGCCUUAGAAGACUUUCUGCUUAUAACAAAGUGUACAGACUAUGUCGAUGGACACGAGCAAGAAUUGUGUCUCGUCAGCUUUUUUUAAUUUAUUUAAUUAUUGAAUGCAAAUUUAUAGACGUAGAAAAUCUCCAGGGCAAGAAAUAGUAUUAAAAGUAAAACAGCUAAAUCAAAAUAUUUUUAGGUGAUAUAUUUCUUCGAUUAGCCAGAGUAGCGUCAUCAUUUCAGAUUUUUACUUCACAAGGAACGAAACAUGUCUGUUUCUGCGGCGUUACUUUGUAAAGGACAACUCUUAUUUCAUAUUUCUCACGCCAGAAAGUCUUUUACUUGGCCUAAAGUAGUUAUUUGCUUUGAGAAACAACUCAACUAUUUUGAGUAGUGAACCUUUUUUUUAUUUUUAUAGAUCCAAAGCAGCUGUUAAUAACUGUAUUAAAAACAUCUGUAUUCAUUCCAGGACUGAAUGGAUUUUUCCCUCAC